CGCACGCAGUCACACACUCGCCCCGACAGAGGCGCACACACGCUCACGCACAACCGGCAGUGGCGGCGGCGACAGCAGCUCGGUGACAGCGGCAACGGCGGCUCCCACCGCAGCACACCCCGCUUCAGGAGGUCUGCGGCGAGGCCAAGCCUGAGAGUUCCCGUACCCACGACCACCCCCGCGGCUUCCUGGAGGCGGCGGCUGCAAUCGCGAGGUUGAGUGGCAUCAGAGGCGAGUGAUGGACGAUCUGCAGUCACAGAACCUCUCCAUGGACAUGACCAACUCCUCUCCUGCCUUGCCCAGUAACAGACUGGAGAAUGGUAUGGCCCAGCUGAUCACCACGGAGGCCUGGAACAUCAACUCCACAGACCUGGUAAAGAAGGCCCUGGUGACGGUGCCAGCCCCAUCCAUUCUGAACCCCCCAGCUGAGUCCCAGAGCGGCAUGGCUCUAAAGGUGGCUGCCACUGUGUUGCAGCCCCUGUGCCUUGGGGAGAGCCCAGUGGUGAUGCCCAUUCACAUGCAGGUGGAGGGAAGCUCUGCACCGGAGCUCAGCCCUAACAGCAAUGCCACCUAUGUUAUGACCACGCAGGGCCCCGUGCAGCUGCCUGUGGUGCUGGAGCAGCAUGUCUUUCAGCACCUCAACUCCCCUCUAGUCCUGCCGCAAGAGGCCCCAUGCUCCUCCAAUGCCAUCCACAACAACCUCUUCCAGGCAGCCGAGGACCCUGAGACCCAGCCCCAGCUUCUGGACUUGCGCAUCCCCAGCCAGCCGCAGGAGCCCACCUUGCCAUUUGAAACUGUGCUCCAGAAUUUGUUUCCUGCACAGGGCACUCUUGGCCCUCCACCCUGUCAGCCUCCUCCUGGAUAUGCCCCUGUUCCCCCUCAGCCCUUUAACUCCCCCUUGUCCCCCCUGGUCCCGCCAGCCACCCUCUUGGUGCCCUACCCUGUGAUUGUCCCUCUGCCUGUGCCCAUCCCAAUUCCCAUCCCCAUCCCAGUGCCUCAGAGUUCUGAGUCCAAGUUCAGCCCCACUUUAUCCAAGCCACCAUCUUCCUUUGGCCUGCACCCCUUUAAAAGCACCCACACCCCUCUGGAGAAGGAGGAACUGAAGCCCUUUGACAUCCUCCAGCCCAAGGAGUAUUUCCAGCUCAGCCGCCACACAGUCAUAAAGAUGGGGGGUGAGAAUGAGGCCCUGGAUCUCUCCAUGAAGUCGGUGCCCUGGCUCAAGGCUGGAGAAGUCAGUCCCCCAAUCUGCCAGGAGGAUGCAGCCCUUGAUCUAUCGCUGGCAGCCCACCGGAAAUCUGAGCCUCCCCCUGAGACUCUGUAUAACAGCAGCAGGUCAGUGGACAGCCCACGUCACACAGUGAUGGACAAACUGCCCAGAGGCAUGGAAAUGCCCUUUGCUCCUGCCACACCCUGUGAGGCCUCAGCCAUGAUGGAUAGCCACACAGGCAGCAAUGCUGCUCAGCUGCCCAGCCAGCCCAGCCAGCCCAGCCAGCCCAGCCAGCCCAGCCAGCCCAGUGGGGAGGUCAAGGCUGAAAAUAACAUUGAGAUGGUGAGCAACUCCCAGGCAGCCAAGGUGAUUGUCUCUGUGGAAGACGCCAUGCCAACCAUCUUCUGUGGCAAAAUCAAAGGUCUCUCAGGUGUGUCCACCAAAAACUUCUCCUUCAAAAGAGAAGACUCCGUGUUUCAGGGCUACGACAUCAACAGCCAAGAAGAAUCCAUGGGAAACACAGAGCUCCUUAGGAAACCUGUCAAAAGCCGAAACAUAAAGUUCAAGAAAGUGAACUCCCAGGAAAUACACAUGCUCCCAAUCAAAAAACAACGGCUGGCCACCUUUUUUCCAAGAAAAUAAAUAAUGGCUUUUUAAAAUUUUUAUGAUUAUAAUAUGGGGAAAGGUGCAUUGGUUUUAUAAAAAGGCAUUUAAAACAAAUUAUCUUUGUUAAUUAUUUUGGGGAGUAGUUAGAAAGCAGGAAGGUGAAUUGGCUCUAGAGGCCCUGUAAGCUAGUAUCAUUUUCUUUUUUAAUUUUUGACUUUUCACAAAUGAGUAAAUAAGAGCAACCUAUUUUUCAAGCAGAUUGCACAUUUUUUGCAGCUUUAAUGGAAUAUUGGGUGAAUCAGAGGGGUAAAAAAGCUAUUUUCAUUGCCACAAAGUGCUUUGAUGAUGUAAUACCUAAUAAAGGGUAGGAUGAAUAUUUCACAAUAAAUGUUUGUUUGCACUAAUUGA